AAUAAACUAAGCUCAAACUUCUCCUGAUUAUUCAUCACACGGCAACGGAGGCAGAAAGUUCCACAAGAUCCCCCAUACUCGCAAAACACCUUUGCUAAGCAAGUCCCAAGGUACGAUCUCUCUCAUAUUCCUCUCUUUUCCUUCUUCUCUCCAAAUACUCGGACAAUCAAAACCCUCCAUCUCCCAAUGGUUCCACCGCCUUCAACAACGCCACCCAACCCCCAACAAAUCCAACAAUUCCUCUCCUCCGUCCUCUCUCAACGUGGCCCUUCCUCCCUCCCUUACGCGGAAGACACCAAAUGGCUAAUCCGGCAACACCUCCUUUCCCUCAUCUCCCACUACCCUUCCCUCGAACCCAAAACCGCGACUUUCACUCACAACGACGGCCGAUCCGUUAACCUCCUCCAAGCCGAUGGCACCAUCCCCAUGCCUUUCCAAGGCGUUACUUACAACAUCCCGAUCAUAAUCUGGCUCAUGGAAUCUUACCCUCGUCACCCUCCUGUUGUCUACGUGAAUCCCACGCGCGACAUGAUCAUCAAACGCCCGCAUCCUCACGUUAGUCCGUCUGGGUUGGUCUCGAUCACUUAUUUACAAAACUGGAUUUAUCCAAGUUCUAAUCCUGUCGAUUUGGUCCUUCAUUUAAGUUCUGCUUUUUCUCGUGAUCCCCCUCUUUAUUCCCAACGCCGCCCCAAUCUGAACCCAAACCCUAAUCCGAGCCCUAACCCUUCUAUGAAUUCCUCCAUGACGUCUAGUUAUGGGCAGCCACCGCCGAGGGUGGCUGCAGCUGCGGCAGGGUACCCGCCUUCGCCUUAUGGGAGGGUACAGCUGCCACAGCCGCCGCAACCUCAUCCUACUUCGCAGACAGAGGACGCUGCGGAGGUUUAUAAGAGGAAUGCGGUGAAUAAGUUGGUGGAGAUGGUUCAUGGGGAUAUAAUUGGAAUGAGAAAAGGAAGGGAGGUUGAAAUGGAGGGGUUGUUUUCAGCUCAAGCCGUGUUAAGAAGGAGAGAGGAAGAGACUAAUAAAGGGCUGAAAGAAAUGCAAGACGAAAAAGAAGGGUUAGAGCAGCAGUUGCAGGUUGUGUUGAUGAACACCGAUGUGUUGGAUAGUUGGGUUAGGGAUAAUGAAGGGAAAACGAAGAACUUAGGGAUGAAUAACGUGGAUGUUGAUGAGGCAUUUCAUUGCAUUGACGUACUUUCUAAGCAAAUGUUGGAUUGCACAUCUGCAGAUUUAGCUAUUGAGGAUGUGGUUUAUUCGUUGGAUAAGGCAUUGCAAGAAGGGGCUGUGCCGUUUGAUCAGUAUUUGAGGAAUGUGAGGUUGUUGUCAAGGGAGCAGUUCUUUCAUAGGGCUACCACAGCGAAAGUAAGGGCAGCUCAAAUGCAGGCGCAGAUUGCUAGUAUGGCUGCUAGAGCACCUCAUUAUGCCACAUGACUGGUUUUUUUUUUUUUUUUUAUGAUUUGUCUAUAAAAGAAUCAUGUUAUUGGACAUUAGCUUCUUGUCAAUAUUUGGUAUUAUCAUGAUAUAGCUGUAUUUUUUUGUUUACAUAAAUUUAUGUUUCUUUUUUUUAUUGAUAUGUAUUAUUCAUAUGGGAAAAAUAGCAUUAUGAUGUGAUCGUGUGAAUAAUGUGCUCAUGUAAUUGAUAUGUUGACACUCAUUUUUGGGUUGUAUCCUUCUCUUUCUAUAAUAAAUUUGGGUUCUUUAGCA